AUAAAAUAAAAUAAAGCAAAUUCUCGGGCAAGCUAAAAAACGCAUAAAUAAGGUUUGACUUCCGAGAAAUAUCACGUUGACCGAGGCGCGCGGGAAUAACUAGAGAAGCACGAAGUACCACUCUACAGACGAGCCUUCCACUGCUUAUAUACAAAUUUUCGAAAACCCCUCUUUCCUUCUCCACCAAAAUCUGCGAUUUUCUUCUGGAAAUAUGGCUCGAAAUAAGGAGGGUUUGGUUUUGGUGCUUGAUGUUGGUCUGUCGAUGCACGCCGUGCUGCCGGAAGUAGAAAAAGUUUGUUCUAUGCUGAUACAGAAGAAGCUGGUUUACAACAAGUAUGAUGAAGUGGGGGUUGUUGUAUUUGGUACUGCAGAAACUAAAAAUGACUUGACGGUGGAGGUGGGUGGAUACGAAAAUGUGAUGGUUUUGCGAGGUAUAAAGGUCGUAGAUGGAGAUCUCGUUGAAGCUUUACAUCAACUUCCCCGAGGAACUGUACAUGGAGACUUUCUUGAUGCGAUUGUCGUGGGGAUGGAUAUGAUAAUUAAGAUGUAUGGGACAACUAACAAGGGAAAGAAACGUAUAUGCCUCAUAACUAAUGCAGUUACCCCAACUAAAGAUCCAUACGAGGGAACAAAAGAGGACCAAGUGAAAACAGUUGCUGCGCAGAUGAUAACACAUGGCAUGAAGAUGGACUCCAUCAUUAUUAGAACAAAACAAGAUCGGGAGUUGGAUAAGGAUGUUGUGGAAGAGAAUGACUUCCUAUUAAGUGUAUUUCCUAAUAAUUCUUCUAAGGUGUAUGUUGAGAGUGCAACUUCAUUAUUAGGUGCACUAAGAACUCGUAAUAUAUCACCGGUGACUAUAUACAGGGGUGAUCUUGAGUUGAACUCCGACAUUAAGAUCAAGGUAUGGGUCUACAAGAAAACAUCAGAAGAGAAAUUUCCCAGUUUGAAGAAGUAUUCUGAUAAAGCACCUCCAACAGAUAAAUUCGCCACACACGAAAUUAAGGUUGAUUACGAAUACAAAAGUACGGGAGAUUCUAGUAGAGUUGUACCACCUGAACAGAGGAUCAAAGGCUACCGCUAUGGUCCUCAAGUAAUUCCAAUAUCAUCUGCUGAGUGGGAUGCCGUGAAAUUCAAACCAGAAAAGGGUGUGAAACUUUUAGGUUUUACCGAUGCUUCAAAUAUUAUGAGACACUAUUACAUGAAAGAUGUCAACAUCUUCAUUGCCGAUCCUGGAAAUACGAAGGCUAUCCUCGCUGUUUCAGCAUUAGCGAGAGCGAUGAAAGAAAUGAACAAGGUAGCUAUUGUUCGCUGUGUUUGGAGACAAGGACAGGCAAAUGUUGUUGUAGGGGUACUAACUCCUAAUGUAUCCGAGAAAGCUAGUACCCCCGAUUCAUUUUAUUUCAACGUACUUCCUUUUGCGGAGGAUGUGAGGGAGUUCCAGUUUCCAUCUUUGAGCAAGCUCCCAUCAUCAAUGCAGCCCAAUGAAAAACAACAAGAGGCUGCGGAUAAGUUUGUCGAAAUGCUUGAUCUUGCUCCGACUGGCAGAGAGGAAGUUCUGCAACCCAACCUCACACCCAAUCCUGUUCUUGAGCGUUAUUAUCGCUCCCUUGAGUUGAAAUCAAAGGACCCAAAUGCUGCUGUUCCUCCACUAGACGAGACCCUAAGAAAGAUAACAGAGCCUGAUGCUGAACUUCUUUCUGAAAACAGAGCUGUGAUUGAGGAAUUCCGAAGGUUCUUCGAAGUCAAAGAGAACCCAAAGCUCAAAAAAUCAUCUCGAAGAAGAGAAAAGCCCUCUGGAUCAAAUGAGGAAAGAGAAGGUAUUGGUGCAGUUGGCGAAGCCAUGGAUGCUAUUGAAUAUACAUCCAAAAUCAAAGUCGAGGAAAUAGGGGCUUCAAAUCCGGUUCAUGAUUUUGAAGCAAUGAUAUCUCGUAGAGAUGGUCCACAAUGGGUCAGUAAAGCUAUUCAGAGUAUGAAAGAUAAAAUAUCCAAUCUAGUCGAGAACUCUUCUCAAGGAGAUACCUAUCAGAAAGCACUCGACUGUUUAGUUGCUCUCCGUAAGGCUUGCAUUUUAGAACAGGAGCCAAAACAGUUUAAUGAUUUUUUGCUUCAUCUCCUCAAAUUAUGCCAAAAGAGAGAACUCAAAAGUUUUUCUGAAUAUUUGGCAUCACAUGAAAUGACACUAAUUAGCAAGAACGAAGCACCGGAGAGUGACAUCUUAGAGAAUGAAGCCAGAACCUUAAUAGUGAAAGAUGAGCCAAAAGCUGAGCAAGGACCGUAGCAAAUAUGUUAAAGGUUCAUAUUUAAGCAAACUCGAUCUUGCCUGGUACAGAAUAUGAAUCUGCGUGAAAGAAAACUUCAACAUUUGCAGACGGAUGAAAAGUCCGAAGUCUAUGAAUGAUCUAUAGCUAAUUAGCUAAUUUUUCA